AUGACGGACGGUCCAAGACAGCGAGCCAGCACGUCGGGCUCUGCCAAGGAUGCUGCCGGUGAGAAGGAGUCCGGAGGAGGAGUUGCGCUCAAGAAGGAAAUCGGGCUUGUGAGCGCCUGCGGUAUUAUUGUUGGUAACAUUAUCGGCUCAGGUAUUUUCGUUAGUCCGAAGGGAGUGAUGGAGAAUGCCAGCUCAGUGGGCGUGGCCCUGAUCGUCUGGAUCAUCACAGGAAUCAUCACCGCCAUCGGGGCGCUCUGCUACGCCGAACUGGGUGUCACCAUCCCCAAAUCGGGAGGAGACUACUCUUACGUCAAGGACAUCUUCGGAGGGCUGGCUGGGUUCCUUCGUCUGUGGAUUGCCGUGCUGGUGAUCUACCCGACCAACCAGGCUGUGAUCGCGCUGACGUUCUCCAACUACGUCCUGCAGCCCCUCUUCCCCACCUGCUUUCCACCGGAGAACGGCCUGCGCCUGCUGGCUGCCGUCUGCCUCUUGCUGCUGACGUGGGUGAACUGCUCCAGCGUGAGGUGGGCCACCAGGGUGCAGGACAUUCACAGCGGCAAGCUUCUGGCCCUCGCCCUCAUCAUCAUCAUGGGCCUCGUGCAGAUCUGCAAGGGAGAGUACUACUGGCUGGAGCCCGCCAACGCCUUCGAGCCCUUCCAGGAGUAUGAUGUGGGUUUGAUAGCUUUAGCCUUCCUACAAGGCUCCUUCGCCUAUGGAGGAUGGAACUUCCUCAACUACGUCACAGAAGAGCUGGUGGAUCCCUAUGUGAACCUUCCUCGUGCCAUCUUCAUCUCCAUCCCCCUCGUGACCUUCGUUUACGUCUUUGCCAACAUCGCCUACGUCACGGCCAUGAGCCCGUGGAGCUGCUUGCCUCAAAUGCUGUUGGCCGUGACAUUUGGUGAGAAGCUGCUGGGCGUCAUGUCGUGGAUCAUGCCCAUCUCUGUGGCUCUGUCCACCUUCGGGGGAGUCAACGGUUCCCUCUUCACAUCCUCACGAUUGUUCUUCGCUGGAGCCAGAGAGGGACAUCUCCCUAGUCUGCUGGCCAUGAUUCAUGUGAAACGCUGCACUCCCAUCCCAGCUCUGCUCUUCACAUGUCUGUCCACUCUGCUCAUGCUGUGCACCAGUGACAUGUACACGCUCAUCAACUACGUGGGCUUCAUCAACUACCUCUUCUACGGAGUCACUGUCGCCGGGCAGAUUGUACUGCGUUACAAGCAGCCCGACAUGCACCGGCCAAUCAAGAUCAGCCUGAUAUGGCCAGUCAUUUACCUCAUCUUCUGGGCCUUCCUGCUCAUCUUCUCCCUUUACUCUGAGCCCGUGGUGUGUGGCAUCGGCCUGGCCAUCAUGCUCACUGGAGUCCCCGUUUAUUUCCUGGGAGUCUACUGGGACAACAAGCCAAAGUGCUUUGACGCUUUAGUUGGCAAGAUGACGUACUUGGGCCAGAAGUUUUGUGUGGUGGUUUACCCGGAGCUAGGCAGCAGCAGCAGCAGCGAAGAGGAAGGAGAGGAAAUGAAGGAGGCCAUGUCUCCUCUGUCCAAGCAGGACGGAGAAAACCACAAGUCAGCGGAUUGCUAA